GCCUUCAGAUAGCGGAAACACGCGAACUGCACGAGUUUAAAGGCGUCUAAGAAGUAAAGCUGGGGGAAAUGAGCGCAGUUGGUGUGCAGAAAUACGCCAAACCCCCCAGAUAUGAAGGCGUUACGGUGCUCGAGCAGUCGUGAAGGUUUGCAUGGAGGCGGGGACUCCUGCGCAUCGCCGAGUGUGUGUGGAUGGCGUGGGCUUCUCUCCUCCAAACCAGUAGCAUCAUCACUUGGUUCACAGCAACAGCCUCGUUCGCAUCAUCAUCCCCAUCCUCCUCCUCAUCCUCAUUAUCACCAUUUCCAGGCUUGAAGAGGAACACUCACACCGCGGGGAUUAAGACAUAAGAAGAGAGCCGCUUGUCAUUCAGGCGAACCAGGAGGGAAGUCUGCAAUUCUGUGAGGUGAACAAACUGAAGUGCCAGCACAUUCAGGGGGGCCUCUUUUCACAGUCUCUGACCAUUUUUGCAUCUUCUGAACCUCUUUAAAAUGGAAGAGAACUACCAAAACCGGACUGCCUUCAUAAAAGGUGCCAAAGACAUUGCGAAAGAAGUCAGGCGGCAAGCCAGUAAGAAGGUUGGCCGUUCAGUGGAUCGGGUGACUGAUGAGUACAGCAAGCGCUCCUACAGCCGCUUUGAAGAGGAUGAUGAUGAUGAAUAUCCCAUGCAGGGAAGCCAGGAUGGAGGCUACUACCGUGGAGACAGCCAGGCAGCCAAUGACGAUGAUGGUGGCCACAGUGACUCCACAGAGGGCCACGAUGAGGAUGAUGAGAUCUAUGAGGGCGAGUACCAAGGAAUCCCCAGGGCUGAUUCCGGCAAAGGUAGCCUGGCUGGAGGCCCGGGGUCAGUGAGAGCCGGCGCUCAGCAGUUCAGAGAUAUUGGAGUGUCCGAGGCUGAGAGGAGGAAGGACCAGGAGGAGCUGGCUCAGCAGUACGAGACCAUUUUGCAAGAAUGCGGUCACGGGAAGUUCCAGUGGACCCUGUACUUUGUGCUGGGGCUUGCACUCAUGGCUGAUGGCGUGGAGAUUUUUGUUGUCGGGUUUGUCCUCCCCAGUGCUGAGAAAGAUAUGUGCCUAUCUGAACCAAACAAAAGCAUGCUAGGUCUCAUUGUAUAUUUUGGGAUGAUGGUUGGGGCUUUCCUCUGGGGUGCUCUGGCUGACCGGAUAGGCCGUCGGCAGUCUCUUCUCAUCUGUCUCUCCAUCAAUAGCAUCUUCUCUUUCUUCUCCUCCUUCGUUCAGGGCUACAGCACCUUUCUGUUUUGCCGGCUGCUCUCUGGUGUUGGAAUCGGUGGCUCCAUUCCCAUCGUGUUUUCCUUCUACUCUGAAUUUCUGUCCCAAGAAAAGCGUGGCGAGCACCUCAGCUGGCUCUGCAUGUUCUGGAUGAUUGGUGGAAUAUAUGCAUCUGCUAUGGCCUGGGCUAUAAUCCCACAUUAUGGAUGGAGUUUCCAGAUGGGCUCAGCGUACCAGUUCCAUAGCUGGCGUGUGUUUGUAUUAGUGUGUGCAUUUCCUUCUGUUGCAGCCAUCGCUGCUCUCAACGCCAUGCCAGAGAGCCCACGCUUCUACUUAGAGAAUGGCAAACAUGACGAAGGCUGGAUGAUUCUGAAGCUAGUUCAUGACACAAACAUGCGUGCAAAAGGAUACCCAGAGAAGGUGUUCUCUGUCACUACAAUUAAGACGGUGAAACAGGUGGAUGAGCUGGUGGACACUGGCACUGAUACUCCAGUCUGGAAACGCUACAGACUGAAGAUUAUGAGCCUCUCCCAACAGAUUAGGAAAAACCUUCUUGCCUGCUUCAGCCCCGAAUAUAAACGGACAACGUUCAUGCUCAUGGCUGUUUGGUUUACCAUGUCUUUCAGUUAUUAUGGCCUGACGGUGUGGUUCCCAGACAUGAUUAAGUACAUCCAGAAGCAGGAAUAUGAAUCAAAGACAAAGACCUUCACUAAGGAAGAAGUGAAACAUGUCACUUUUAACUUCACCCUGGAAAACCAAGUGCAUCGCCAAGGACACUACUUCAAUGACAAGUUCCUCAACCUGAAGCUGAAGUCCAUGGUGUUCGAAGACUCUGUGUUUGAGGAGUGCUACUUUGAAGAUAUCACCUCCACACACACUUUCUUCAGAAACUGUACCUUCAUUGCAAGCUUGUUCUAUAACACAGACUUGUUUAAAUACAGGUUUAUCGACUGUAAACUGAUCAACAGCACGUUUCUUCAUAACAAAGAGGGCUGCAUGCUCGACUUCAGCGAUGAUUUCAACAAUGCCUACAUGAUAUACUUUGUCAACUUCCUUGGCACUCUGGCAGUGUUGCCUGGCAACAUUGUGUCGGCACUAUUAAUGGACAAAAUUGGGCGUUUGAGGAUGCUGGCGGGAUCGAGUAUUAUAUCUUGUGUCAGCUGUUUCUUCCUGAUUUUCGGAAACACUGAGUCAGGGAUGAUCGCCCUCUUGUGUCUGUUUGGUGGCAUCAGCAUUGCCUCCUGGAAUGCCUUGGAUGUGAUAACAGUGGAACUCUACCCCUCAGAUAAAAGGACCACAGCAUUUGGCUUCCUGAAUGCUCUCUGUAAGGUGGCGGCUGUCCUGGGCAUCAGCAUCUUCCAGUCGUUUGUGGGGAUCACCAAGGCUGUACCCAUCAUAUUUGCUGCUGGUGCACUGGCUACAGGUAGUUUCCUUGCUACAAAGUUGCCUGAAACACGAGGCCAAGUGUUGCAGUAAGACAGAUGACCAGCAGUGGGCAGCAGAGCACAGCGUUGCCCGUCACACCAUCAGAACAGACUGCCAUCCCUAUUGUAAGCCCAGAAUCCUUUGAAAUAUGGAUUGUGUCAUUCAAAGUCUAUACAGACCCACAGAGAUUAAGAGCAGAUGUAGAAAUACAUGUCUGUGUCAUGAUAACACAAAUACAUAAACACUUUAUUUCAGCUGUACCUACAGGUAGAUAAAAACCUAAAAGUCAUAUUUGCAGGGUGAUGUGCAGUUAGGAUAAAAUGUCCACACAUCUACAGUGGAAGGAAAGAGGUUAAAUAAAGCGAUGAGACUGAAAAAAAAGCCAUUUCUGGAGAAAUAUGGAAAAGAUUUAGUGCAUGUAUGUGGUCAACUUUCAAAUAUGAUGAGUUCUGUCUUGUCCUCGGUGACUGGAUUUCAGUACUGCUUUUGAUUUUGCUGUGAUGUUACUGGUACAAUUCAUUUCACAUUUCCAUCCAGACCAAUGCUCAUAGAUGUGUUUAAUGAAACCUUUUUUCACUGAAAAGAUCUCAGAAUGAAUUUUAUUGUGAUUAUAUUUUCCCUAAAAACACCCAUGACAAGUGCUUGACUACUGCUGUUACUGUUUAUCAAAUAACAGGAAAACAUUCCAGAGAGGGUCAAUUUAUUCAGAAACCAUUAUUUAAUUAUUUUUGUCUUUGCAUAAAUACAGUUUCUAUACAGCCUGAAAACGCAGACAGGUGAAGAUGCAUUUCACAGGAUUCUUUGUUGUAAAUGGGAAUAAUUUGAUCCAGUUCCUCAGUGUUCAGUGUUAUUACUGAUUUUCCUUUCCUGUUGUUAACCCAUACAGCCGUGGUAGUGUGAUGACGAUCCUGUCUGCAAUGCAGGAACAUCUUCAGGACGGAUUUUGAUCUAGUAGUAAA